CACUUCCUGGGGACAGAGCCGGGCACUGAGGAGCGACAGGACCCGGAGGAGGCAAGGCAGCAAGGGAAGGAGGACCCCGGCAGGCGACAACAUGAAAUUCAGCCCCGCGCACUACUUGCUGCCUCUCCUGCCAGCGCUGGUACUCAGCACCAGACAGGACUAUGAAGAGCUAGAAAAGCAGCUAAAAGAAGUAUUUAAGGAGCGGAGCACCAUCCUCCGUCAGCUGACAAAGACAUCAAGAGAGCUUGAUGGAAUUAAAGUCAACCUUCAGUCUUUAAAAAGUGAUGAGCAAUCUGCCAAAACUGAUGUUCAGAAGCUUCUGGAAUUAGGCCAGAAACAAAGAGAAGAAAUGAAGUCUCUCCAGGAGGCCCUACAAAAUCAACUUAAAGAGACAUCUGAGAAAGCAGAGAAACACCAGGCUACUAUUAACUUUUUAAAGACUGAAGUGGAAAGAAAGACCAAAAUGAUCCGAGACCUCCAAAAUGAGAAUAAAAGCUUGAAAAACAAACUUUUGUCAGGAAGCAAGCUGUGUGGGAUCCAUGCAGAAGAGUCAAAAAAGAUCCAAGCCCAACUAAAGGAACUUCGUUAUGGGAAGAAGGAUUUGUUAUUUAAGAUCUCUUUGCUGGGGACCAAAGAGAUUCUAGAAAAGGCCCAACAGCUUACUGAUCUGGAACAAAAAUUAGCUGUAGCCAAAAAUGAACUAGAGAAAGCAGCUCUUGACAGGGAGUCACAGAUGAAAGCAAUGAAAGAGACUGUACAGCUUUGUUUGACAUCAGUUUUCCGUGAUCAACCUCCACCUUUGAGUCUAAUCACAACAAAUCCAGCUCAGAUGUUAUUUCCAACUAGGACAAUUGCUGCUAAGAUUCCAGAUGAAAAGACAAAAAGCAAGCCCCAGCAAAGUGCUACUGGAAACAAUGAAAACACUCGAGUUGAAUCAACUAAGAAAGAAAAUCCAAGUACCAUUGCCUGUGAUUCUCAAGAUGAGGGCAGGACCUGUUUAACAAAACACAAGGACAGUCCCCCGAGAAAUGCAACUGCAGAAUCACAGCCUGUCCCACAGAAAUUGCAAAUGCCUCUGUGUUCUGAAUGUGAGGUGAAAAAGGCUCCAGAGAAACAAUUAACCAGCUUUGAAGGGAUGGCGGCAAGAGAAGAGAAAAUACUGUAAAUACCAAGAAACUGUGUUUAAAACAUCCAUUUGCUCUUAUAUUCAUACUCUUUUUAGACAACAAGCUUGAUGGAAAUACUAAAUUUCUAAAGCAUGCAUUUUUUUUCACGAUUUUAUGUAACUUUAUAAAGUAAUCUCCACGUAGUCUGAAAGUUUCCAAGCUGAUUAUGACCCUUGAGCAAUAACCUACUGGAAGAGGAUUUCUGAUCAUAAGUAUUUCAAUGUCAUCACCAAAUUGCCCAGUAUAAAUUGCCCUGUUUUGAACUAAAAUGCCACAUAACUUUUAAUCAUUUUUAUUCAUUUGCAUAUCUGAUACUAGUUGUUUUAUGAUCUAGUUGUUGAAAUCAACUGGAGGAUAAUUAACUGUUGUGGGUCUUCAGUAUUCUGAAAAUUCAAAUCACAACCAUGUUAUAAAAGAUUUCAGUCUAUUCUAGCAAACUGGGGUCACUUUACCCAAGAUUGGAAAUUUCUCUACCUGAAUACAUUCUUCAUGUCAUUGCGGUUAUUGCUGUCCUUAUUCUUUUGAACCAAUAAUAAUUUUUUAUGUAAAAAAUGCCAAGGCAAUUUUGUCAAGGAUGUAUACAGGUAACAGAAAUUAUUAAAUAUGUUUUGCAUCAUGUAGACAAAAUAUUUGAAUGAAUAGCCAAAUUUCUGACACAUUCUCUUUUUCUUUUACAUUUUGUAGACACAUCUUAAUACAUAUGUUUCUCUCUACCAGAAUUAUUCCAUGCUAGAAAUCCAUCUAUUUGAAAUGAGCAGCACAAAUUUUGAUAUGAAUUUGGGUAGUGGAAUAUAGAAUAGGAGGAAGGUUCUAAAAUAGAAUAAGCAAGAAGACAUUAUAUAUUUAAAAAUGGGUAUUUAAAGAAAGUAAAAUAACUAUGUAGACACACAAAAUAAAAAGAGUCAUAUUUUUUAAAUUAAUGUAUUAUUGAAAGUAAUCACUGUUAUGUUUUAAUCCUCCAAACUAGGUUUCUACAUGUGGAUGUCAGUAUUAAAUAACUGCAUUCAAAUCUGAAAAAAGCUCAGAAUUAAAGGGAAUUGACACUUGAAUAAUAAUCUGGUAGAAUCAAUGGAGCAUCAAACUUGCAGACUCAAAUUAAUAGAGUAACAGACACAUUUUAUAAAUUCAGAAAGCAUAUAAAACCACAGAUUUUAUAAAAUGAAUCUCUAAAGCCAAAAUGAAUACAUUUGGACUUUCUUAUAUGGAAAUUUAUAAAAACAUAUUAAAUGAAAAUUUAAUUUGUGAUCAAUAGAAGUACUUAUUCUAGGAUAGAAUGGUGUUAAUUUGAGCACAAUGGCAUACUUGAAGAAAUGUAGUGAAUUGGAGAAUUUAAAAAUAUCACUAGUAGUAAAAGAAAUGUUGUAUAGUUAUGUGGCAAUUCUACUUGCAAAGCAGCUCAGUAUUCUUUAUCAAUAUUUUUCAUACAACAGCCUAAUCAGAAAAUAAAUGAUAUUUUAAAAGAUCCAUACAAUUUUCAGCUGAAGCAGCCAAGAUAAAAUAAAAGACUCAGGUCAGAAAUUCCAGUUUACUCAAUUCAAAUUCAAAAAGAAGAAAAAAAAUGAAAAAGAAAAAAGAUAAACAAGAAAGAAAGAAAGGCAAAAAAGUUCAUUUUGUUCUACAAGGGAGUGGGGUACUAGUCUCCAGACUCUGGUUGCUUAUAAUUUUCCCACUGUAUCUAGGUACCCUAUCCAUCUCCUUUUACAAAAGGAAAGGAGAUAAUUUAGCUUUAAAUUAGAACUACUCUGUCACCCAUCCUCUUGUCCUAAACUUUUGUCCUAGUCCCUAUGGGUUCUAUGAAACAUUGAUCACCAGUUUUCUUAACUCAGAAUGUUUUGAGACAUCUAAAGUUGUUAUGAGAGAUAACAUUGAAAAAUAAGGAUUUGUCUUAUUAUUAAUGAAGUACGAGCAGUUUCAUACUUGAUUAUUUUUUCUGUGUUCUGAAUCACUAUUCUAGUAUGUGAAAAUGUAAUUCAUUUGCUCUUCUUAAUUACUGCCUUGAUCAAAUGGGCUUUGAAUCAUUAUAAUGUACAUUAAAAAUACACAGCCUUAUGCAUUCUGCAAGGUUUAUCAUGCUAUAUUUAUUGCAUAAAUUCAACCCCUUCUCUCCCUCCCCUCCAAAAAAAAAAAAACCGGUAUCAUGAGAUUUCUAUAAGUAUUUUAAAGAAAUAUUCUGGGAAUUCCUUUUAAUGGUUAAGUAGGGGGGUGCUUUUUAAUAUGAUCCAUCACUGUACUUUAAUUAACGUAUUUCAUUUCUCUUGGUCCUUUAAUUGCUUUAAAAUAGGACCAGAGAGGCUUAAAAUGUUUUACUGACUUGUGUUUGUUUAUAAAAUAGGUUUCAUUACUAAUUAUCAAUAUUAAUUGUCAAUUAUAUAAACAGAUGGUGUUUUGAAGAAUUACAAUUUAGGUUCUAACUAUCCUCAUAUGGAAGAAAUAUUACCUGAAAUGUUGACUAUGGAUAAUAUAAUUGGAUUAUGUAUCUGUAAUCAUAAACAAUGAAAAACUACUGAUAUCUUACAGAAUAUGGACUGAUUCCUAUAGAAAAAAAAACAUUGUCCAAUGGAAUAACUUGUUUUGAUAUAGGUAUUACCAAACUAACAGAAAUUUGAUUUCUCUCUAGUUAUUUUGAUGUAUUCUGUAAAUUUUAAAAUACUAAUCAAAUACUAUGUACUCAUUUCUAAGUUAGAAACUUGUUUUGGACUUUGUCCUUCCUAUUAUGUGCAUUAACUAUGUAAAUUAAACUAGUGCCUAAAAUGUACAAGACCUAAAUGAAUGCUGACUGUAUCUCUCCAAUGACAACCUGUUCUGAAGAGAAGUGAAUGAUUUCAGACACUCAUUUGGAUGUAGUUUUCUGUGUAAUCUCAAAUAUCAGAAUACUGAAUAUAAUAAGAGGCUAACUUUUUUUUAAGUCCAAGCAAAUAUUUAGUAUUAUACUAUGGCUUCAUUACAAUUCUCUUUCAUACUAUAUACUCAACUACAAGUCUAAGACAGUAAUAUAUGAAGGAGACAUUUACUGUUUUGAUGGACAAUGUGCAUUGCAGGACUAAAAAAAUAUUUAUGAACUUUGCUAUAAUGGAAUAUUGUAUUUUUAUAGCAAAAGGUACUGUGAUUAGCACUAAUGGCCUGAGAGACUAAAAUAAUUACUGAUACCAUAGAGUAGCGUGAGCUGGCCAAACCUAGAGAAUAAGGAAAUCAUACAAUCUCCCCAAGUGAUGUGUCCAUCUGAAUUGUGUUAUAUAAUAUUAAUGGCCACAUGGUGAAGAAUAAAAGGUGGUGAAAAAGGCAUAUUCUUGUUCAGUAAAAGUUUGUUACCAAGACUAUAUAACAUCCUACAUAAGCUAACUGAAAAAACAAAUGUUAGCACUAAAAAUAGUAUUUUCUUCUGUGUAUCACAAUCUAAGAACUUUUUUGAAAUGCCACCUUGGAAAUUUCUUCAGUCUCUUUGACAAUGCCCCAGAAAUAUUUUAUUUUAUUUAGUGAGUUUUUAAAAGUAGAAUUCCAUGAUGGCAGAAACUUUGUCUUUUUUCAUUGAAUGUUAGCUUUAAUUGCUGAAUAAUUAUUGCAUAUAUUCAAGGAGCAAAAUGCGAUGUGUUGAUAUAACUAUGCAUUCUGGGAUGGAUAUAUCCAGCUAACUUACAUACCCAUGAACUCACAAUUAGAUCUCAAGAUCUUAGAACUAACUUCCUUCUAGAAGUCUGUCAAAUAUUUGCUGAAUUAAUAAUUCAGAUUCUGAAGCAGCAUAAAACAAGCAAAGGAAAUGGCAAAGAAUCACAUUCUGUUAUGAAAACAGAAUGAGCGAUGGUUUCAGAAAAAGAAAAUAAAUGUUUUACGUGCA